UGUGUUAUAGUUAGACUUGAUUCAAUUAAUUUGACAAGUACUCACUCAAUAAGCGUUUACUAUAAAACUCCAACGUACAAAUUCAAGAAAAAAUUAACUUCGUGUCACCGAAAAAUGGCAUCCGAUAGAUCUGAAUCGACCGGAGAUUCCAAUGGCGAUCGCCGGAAAGUAGCUCUGAUCACCGGCAUUACUGGCCAAGACGGGUCGUAUCUGACUGAAUUCCUUCUCGACAAGGGCUAUGAAGUUCAUGGACUGAUUCGUAGAUCCUCCAAUUUCAACACCCAACGAGUUAAUCACAUCUAUAUCGAUCCUCACAAUGUCCAUAAGGCACGCAUGAAGCUUCACUAUGCCGAUCUUACCGAUGCCUCUUCUCUCCGCCGUUGGAUUGAUACAAUUCAGCCUGAUGAGGUUUACAACCUCGCCGCACAGUCUCAUGUUGCCGUCUCCUUUGAGAUCCCUGAUUACACCGCCGACGUUGUCGCCACCGGUGCUCUCCGUCUUCUGGAGGCUGUCCGUUCUCACAUUUCUGCUACUGGAAGAUCAAACAUCCGUUACUACCAAGCUGGUUCAUCUGAGAUGUUCGGAUCCACCCCACCGCCGCAAUCUGAAUCUACACCCUUCCACCCUAGAUCCCCUUACGCUGUAUCUAAGUGCGCCGCGCAUUGGUACACUGUUAAUUACCGAGAAGCGUACGGGAUCUUCGCCUGUAAUGGGAUCCUGUUCAAUCAUGAAUCUCCCAGGCGGGGUGAGAACUUUGUCACUAGGAAGAUCACUCGUGCUGUGGGUCGGAUCAAGAUCGGGCUACAGAGCAAGCUGUUUUUGGGGAAUCUGCAGGCAUCCAGGGAUUGGGGUUUCGCUGGGGACUAUGUAGAAGCAAUGUGGAUGAUGCUGCAGCAAGAGAAACCGGAUGAUUAUGUGGUAGCAACGGAGGAGUCUCACACGGUAGAGGAGUUCUUGGAAGAGGCAUUUGGUUCUGUAGGGUUGAAAUGGUCGGAUCAUGUGGUGAUUGAUAAGAGGUACUUUAGGCCUACAGAAGUUGAUAAUCUUAAGGGUGAUUCGAGCAAGGCGAGGAAAGUUUUGGGAUGGAAGCCCAAAGUUGGAUUCAAACAACUUGUGAAGAUGAUGGUAGACGAGGAUGUCGAGUUGGCUAAAAGGGAGAAGGUUCUUGUUGAUGCUGGUUACAUGGAUGCUCAACAACAGCCUUGAAAACUCUCUGUAAUGCCACACUUACAUUUGCUAUUUACUUUGCUCUAGUUGGAAACUGAGACACCAUGCUAUUUUCUCUUGUUAUUGUUGUUCGUUCAUGACUUCGUUUAAAUACAAAACAUAUAUGAGUCAUCUUAUUGGAUCAAAGAGAAUUGUUUAACUUUGAGAAAUCAUAUUCAAAUGAAUGUGCACUAGUUAUUUUGGUUUUGCUACUUCAA